ACCAAGAAGAAUGUCUCCCUCAUCUGCAGGGGGACAGUUUCACUUUAGAGGAUCCACAGCCCUCACACAUGAAAGAGGAAGAGGAGGGAGAGUGUGUUGUAGGGCAGGAGGAGGAUGAUGUCAGCAAGUUUCCACUGACUGUUGUCUCUGUGAAGACUGAAGAGCAUGAAGACAAAGCACCUGAGUCCUCACAGCUUCAUCACAGUCCAAACUUUCAACAGCCCCUUCACAUUAAAGAGGAAGAGGAUUAUCCACAGCCCACCUACAUUAAAGAGGAAGAGGAUGAUCCACAGCCCACCUACAUUAAAGAGGAAGAGGAGGAUCCACACAUGAAAGAGGAAGAGGAGGGAGAGUGUGUUGUAGGGCAGGAGGAGGAUGAUGUCAGCAAGUUUCCACUGACUGUUGUCUCUGUGAAGACUGAAGAGCAUGAAGACAAAGCACCUGAGUCCUCACAGCUUCAUCACAGUCCAAGUAAGCACAUAUCAUUUUAUUCUCAGGGCAUUCAAUCCAUCACAACUGAACUGUUCACUUUGUCUUAGAAGACUCAUCCAAGUAGGCUUCAUCACUUCAUGCUCAUAUACUUCAAGUCUUAAAUCUAAUCAUUGGAAU